AUGCGUACUAGGGAACUGUUAUGUAGCACGCAAAACUGUAUCACGUAGAUGCCGGCUUAUUACUUCCUCCAUAACUACAGGCUGCUGCUCGGAGGAGACGUAGAUCUCCGCGGAUAAUUCUUUCACUGGUGCUUCCAGCUAACGACACCUUAAAGCAGGCGAGAUGUCUUCUUAUGAGGAGAGUGAGUCCAAAUUCUGGCGAAAGGCAAAGGAGAAUCCAUUUGUCCCAGUCGGGAUGGCUGGAUUUGUUGCUAUUGUUGGCUACAGGCUGAUGAAAAUGAAAAGUCGUGGAGAUACAAAAAUGUCGGUGCACCUGAUUCACAUGCGUGUAGCUGCCCAAGGCUUUGUGGUGGGAGCAAUGACUGUUGGUGUCCUGUUCUCCAUGUACAGAGAGUACUUUGCAAAGCCUAUUGAACAAGAACAGAAAGCAACCCAACCCAAGUGAACAUGGCCUCUUGGACUCAUAUUUUAUGUCCCUUAGUAUUGCCUCAUAUUAAGGUGUGCACAAGAUUUGUUUCACAGAUGUCCUGACUUUUAUAUGCACAUGUCUGCUGUAAAUAGUUGAAACUAUUUGAUGACACUGUGCAUAGUAGGAGUUGUACUGAUCCCAUCAGAUUUUUCUUGGUGUUAUUAUCCCUGAUAGUUUGGGGGCAUUACUGAAAGUUUAUCUGCUCUUGCUGUGAGUGAAAUAUCUACAAAAUAUCAAAAUGAAAAUGUAUAAACUUUGCUGAACGUGUGUGUUACUAAGUUGGGCCUGGAUUAAAAAUUAACCACCAAA